AAAUGAGCUCAAUUGAUCAUCACAGUUUUGAUAGUCAUUGUAGUUUUUAUUCGAAUAAACUCGUUUCUUUGUUUUCGUGAAAUAUUAUCGGAUUGACAUAUUUCCAAUAGUGUUUUACACAUUUUAAAGCGAAAAAAUAAACACAAAUCUGUUUAUGUCAUCCAAAGUGCGUUCAAUUUGUGAAAUUUGCAAGGAAAAAUUGCAGUAAACGAUUUUAUUUUCGUCGAUCAAUUCAAAUAUGUGAGCUAAGCUCUUAUCUCUGAGUUUAACUGAGUGUUUUUGAGAGACAAUUUUAUAAAACGAAUGUAUUUAGAACGAGUGAUGUGAUUAAAACUUUGUGUGUGUGUGUGACACAAAACUUUUCUUACCGGCGCCAGCCACACACACUCCAUGUAGAACUUUUUUACUCGUAUGCAUUUUGUCCAAUCCCAAUGGAAAAUACAAUAUAAAUUUAUCCAAUUCGGCUGUAAUCGAAAGUGUUUAGAGUGAGAUUAAUAUUUUUUUGCUUGUGACAAGGACACUCUUAAAAAAGAUUGAACUGAUUAACUGAACGGAAAGAAAAGACAUAAAUAAAUAAAAGGGAUCGCACAAUAUCGAGAUUCAAAUGUGUAGUCGUGGUUUAAAAUCGGUUAGUGUGUCACCAUUUUGGAUCUCAGCGGAUUUUGUUCUGCACUGUUAUCGUAUGCUGUGAGAGUGGAUCUAAAUAAAACGAUCCAAAAGAAAAGAGAUAUAUAAUAUGCAAAUUUCAAACGGGCUUAAGCUUAUAUGCAUUGAUUCAUAUUCUUCGCACAGCACAGUUCGCUUAAACGAAAUUCCUUAAGGUACACAAUAUACACACCAAAGUCGCCCAUUGUGUAUUUUGUGACUUGGUUUAAACGAACAAGAUAGUUCGAUGUAUGUUUGAAUGAAAACGAGAAUGAAUUAUUUAGUGAAGUUUUAGAUCGUGCAUAGCGGUUUACUUCGAAAUUCGAAGGCGGUGAACGAAAACAAAAACAGAAUUUGGUGUCGACAAAAAAAAACAAGAUAGACAUACUGACUUCAGUGGUUUGCACAUUCUCAUUCAUUUUGCUGAUUUCAAAACAAGAAGAAAAAAUAUCAUUACAUGGUCUUUUUUUCAUUGAUACAUGGAAUCGUGCGCAUGCUUUGAAUGAUCAUUCAAGAAAAAAAUCGUUCAAUGAACAACAAAAAACAAAGAAUAAUUUGAGAGUGUAAGAGACUAUUUCAUUUUACUUUUUGUAUUUGAAACAAACGUAACAAAAAGACGACGGAAUUUCACAGGCUGAAAACAAAAUAUUCAAUUCGACAUAGAGAGCCGCACUACAAAUGGACCUUUUAAAACCACGGCAAUAAAACACAAUGUAACUUAAUAAUAGUAAUUGGUUUCAAGCCAAUUGACAGCGAUAAUUGUAUGUUACCGUCGCAGACAUUGUUAAUGUUGUUUUCAUCUUACUUCCAACAACGAAAAUAAAUCGAUUGAUUUUCGCGCAUAUCAUGCGAAUUAAAUCUACGUGCACGACUUAAUUUUUAAAGCCGACGAAAAAGAAUCGAAAAGCUUGUUUACCUUUCGUAUUUCAUAAUUAUCAAGGAAUUUGAUUUGAUUUGUUUUUUUUUAUCACAUCGGUUUUUUGUUGAUUUGUAAAAUGAAUGUGGGUGUUACGUCAUCAUCACAACAAUUUACAUUCGAAAAAAAAUUUGGUCGCUCUCACCCAAAACGUCGACAUCGAUAACAAUAACAACAACAACAAAACUGACACAUAAUGUCAAGAGUGUGUUAAUGUGACUAAGUUUCGGUAGUAAAUAAAUUUUGCGAACGGCGUAAAAAAACCUGAGCGUGUAAACAAAUAAAAAUUGAAUUAAAACAGUUAUUCGACAUCGUGUGAAGUGAUUUUGCUUUUUUUCGCUCUACGCGUAUAUAGUAUAUACAUCAGAAAAAGGGCCACAUACAUUUACGGUUGGCUAAUUUUGCAUAAAGUACACCAUUGACAUUGAAUGUAAAGCAUUUGUGAAUAGACUUGAACAAGGAAAAAAAGCACUUUAUUUAUGUGCAGAUUCUGCCGGUAUUUAAUGUAAACAAAAGCUAAGGGCGCAAAUUCGCGGAAUUUCGACAAGGCAGCAACUAAAAUUCGGCAAAAUCUAGUGGAUGUUUUAGAAACGGAAUAAGAGCAAGAGUGCACGAAUUAUUAAUAUUUGGUUCGGGUUUUUUUUUAAUUUCGUGGCCAUAAAUUGGUGGCGUCUAUCAAAGUGGCAUUACGUACUGAAGGUGUCGAUCGCCCCCGUUGGGUGCGACAAGCAGUCAUGGGUGUAUUACGAUGGCGUGAUUUACCUGGUACGCGCAGCGCCACAGGAACCCUACGAUCUCUAUCUACGACCGAGGGAUCACGUGAGGAGCGUGUACCAAAUCCACAUGGUGGCAUUGAAUCGAGCAGCUUACCGUCAAACGGCCAAUAUGCAUCACAUAAACAAUUGAAACAUUCUAUAUCACAAUCGGGUUCAACGCCGGCAUCACCACAAUUGCAUCAUCAAUUGUCAAAUGGCCAUCAUCAAUAUCAUUCACAGUCAUCGGUUAGUUCGCAAUCAUCAUCGAUAAUAUCGACAAUACCGGCAUCACAACGGCUACUCGAAGAGACACUUGCCAAACCAGGCCCAUAUUCAAUGAUUGUGCUGCCGAAUAACGGCGGCUAUUGGGUCGAUGGAACGGACCACGAAUGCGCAUUCGAUACACUCGGCAAUCCAGUUUUGCCGCAUAACGCAUGGCGCAGUAAAUUUGAAACGGACGACACCGCAAAAUGCUAUCGCCGUUUCUACAUAAAUCGAGAACAUUCAAAUCUUGUGGGUCAUGAUGAUCAACUGGGGCCGGUUCUCUUAUCGAUCAAAGCGGAAAAUGUCGCAAACCAAGAACAUAUCAGAAUUUUAUUGCGAUUAAAAACGGGCACCAUGCAUGAAAUUAUACCGGUUUCAUGUUUGGGAAAUAACCCAUCACCAAUCCGAAUGGCACGCUUGUUAAAUGAACAAAUCAAUGUGGACAAUUUUAUGCCAGUUAUGUGUCCAAAAGCAUCGGGAAUGAUUGCCGCCUACGAUGAGCAUGUGCUUGUGUCGAAUUUUAAAUUUGGUAUAUUGUAUCAACGACACGGUCAAACAACCGAAGAAGAACUUUUUGGAAACAAUAACACAUCGCCGGCAUUUGAUGAAUUUUUGGAUAUGUUGGGCCAACGAAUUCGAUUGAAAGAUCAUAAAGGCUAUCGUGGCGGUUUGGAUAUACAAAAUGGUCAUACGGGCGACCAAGCCAUUUAUGAAGUAUACAAAGAACGUGAAAUUAUGUUCCAUGUAUCAACAAUGCUCCCGUUCACCGAAGGUGAUCCACAGCAGUUGCAACGUAAACGACACAUUGGCAAUGACAUUGUUGCCAUUGUAUUCCAAGAAUCGAAUACACCAUUUUCGCCUGAUAUGAUUGCCAGCCACUUUUUGCAUGCGUUUAUCGUGAUUCAACCGCUCGAACCAAAUACACCGAAUACACGAUACAAAAUUUCCGUUACCGCACGCGAUGAUGUUCCAUUCUUUGGUCCAACAUUACCAAAUCCGGCCGUUUUUCGAAGAGGUGCCGAACUCAAAGAAUUUUUACUCACAAAAUUAAUCAAUGCGGAAAAUGCAUGCUACAAAGCUGAUAAAUUUGCACGGCUUGAAUUGAGAACGCGUACAUCACUUUUACAAAAUUUAGUGGAAGAACUAAAAGAAAAAACGCGUGACUUUUUAGGAGCCGAUUUGAGUUCGGGCGGUGCCACGUCACCUGCUCCCGAUACGCCGAAAUCCGACAGCAGUAAUGCUGGUUCAAGGUUCAUUGAUACCGUUAAAAAAGCGCUAAUCUCACGAGUACGGUCACAAAGUGUUGAUGCAAAUGUUGCAACCGAAGCAAAUCGCAUCAAUUAUAAUACCAAAAAAGGAUCGAAAGAAGCGACAAUUAUGGAAAAUAUUCAGAUCGCUCGCUCAAAUUCAAACAAAAGCGAUUCGAAAAAGUCAACCAACGAUUCGUCAUCAUCGUCGCCUGACAUCACAUCACGCGGACCAUUUUGCGGAAAUAAUAACAAUAAUAACAACAACAGCCAAAGCCAAUCGAACCACAAUUCAAAUAAUAUCAACAACAAUUUGAAUAAUAACGGCAACGGUCCAAUGACUGCAACAAUGUCCGAAACGAGUGACGAUUCCAGUUUGAACAGUGUUGAGCUCGAUCCAAUGGUAUUCACUAAUUUAGAUGGUGGAGCUACGUAUGUGGAUUCCGAUACUGGUUUGGAAUCAAUGUCAUCGGCUGAAGCAACAACAAAAGCAUGCUCGUUGUGCUUAGAUGGUGUGGUUGCAUCGAAUAAUAUGAUGGUGCCGCCAGAGGCAAAUAUGCAAAUCGAUGGUUUAAAACAGGAAGUAACACGAUUGAAAUGUGAUAAGUUGGAUCUUUUGCGACAGAAUGUGACAUGCCAGAGGGACAUAAAACGACUGCGUGAACGUGAAUUAUCAUUACAAGGUGAUUUAGCAGCGGCUGGCAAAGAAAUUCUACGAUUACGCGAUUUGCUUAAGGAAUAUUUGCCCAGCUCAACAACACCGCCACAUUCAAUUUCUCCCAUGUAAAUAGGCUGGAUAUGAAUUAUAGUCAGAGACAAAAACAACGGAACAACGCAGGAACUGAGCUUCAACUGAUGCAUGUGCGGCGUCUUUCGUUCGCAAAAUAAAUUUCGAAUCGCAUAGCGAAUAUGAAAACAAAAAUGGAAUGAAAACAUUUUGUCAUAGAGAUAAAUGAUCCGUAUUAGAAUUAGGAAAAAGAAAUGAUUCUGACAUAAAACAAUUGAAAAAAGAUCACAAUAAUAUCGCACACAUUCAAUAGCACAUCUAUUUAGUAAAACAUACACUCACUCAAUCACACUCACACAUAAAAAUCGUGAUAUGCAAAAUGCAUAUAACACACAAACGAAAUCAAUGCACCAGAUAAAAUUACCACUGUUUUUUUUUUGUUUGCAUGGCAAUUCAACACAUAUGUGCCCCCAAAAAAGAACGGUGUAGACGAGCUCUAAUUGUCAUUUAUAUAGUGUUUAUUCAAUAAGUGUAUAAAUAUUUGUAAUAAUCGUACUUUUCACACAAUAUUGAAGGAGAAAAAUGAGAGGAGAAAACUUCAUAGAAAUUACUAGAUGCAUUCGUGUGCAACAUUAAAACAACCCAGACAGUGCAAUCAAAAAAAUAACAAUUUAAUAUUUUAAUGUAAAAGAAAAUUGAUAGAAAAAGUUAUUUACAUUUAUGGUUUUUUUUAGAAAGAGAGAAAGAAAACAUAAGACAGAUUUUCUGUAAUGACUGUAGCGUAGGCAAAACGUUUUGUUUUUCUUUCAACGAUUCUAAGAUAAGAUAGUGUUUGCAAAUUGAUUGUUCAUCGAGAAAGAUGGUUUGAAUGACAUUUUAUCGAUAAAUUUGCAUGAUGAACGAUGCACAUUUUUAAGCAUAAGACAAAUUUUAAAUCAGAAAAAAAUAAUCAUACCCUAAAACACGAUUAACCACACUCACACAAAAGUACACACCACCUUAAUUCUAACCAACCAAGUCCGUUUAACAUCUUCUCAAAAUUGGACAUUUUUUUUCUUUUUCUUUUUCUCAUCGUACGAAUCUCAAUGUUGAAUGUCUAUUUUAUUGCUAAAAUUAGCAAAUGAACAAAGAAAACCACUAUUUUGAGAUUCCAUGUCAAAUGCCAAAUUCUAAAUAAAUCAAUUUCAAAAUGUUAUUUGAUACCUACAUAUAUAUGAUGUGUUAGCUUUAGAAAACUAUUCAACAAAAUAAAUUUAUCGAAAUUAAUGUUUUGGAGUCAAGAAUAAUAGUAACAUUUAGCAAAAGUAAUAAAAAAGAGAGAAAACAUGUGCAAGAGAUUAUAAUAUAGUUAAAUUGCGAACAGGGUUGACAAAUGGUUCGAUGGAAAUAAUGUCUUUUGGAAUGGUUUUGAAACCCAAACAUGGAAUAUGACACUAAUAAAGUAAUAGGAAAAACACACACACACAUCUGAACAAAAUGACAAACCAAAUUAACCAAACAAAUUUAGCAUCGAUGUUAAAACAAAAUUAAAUUAACAAAGAUUAUUAUUAACUAUGCCAAGCUAACUAUGAGAAAAAGAAAAUAUGUUUUUAAAUUGAAUGUUAUCAAAUGACAGAAAAAGAACAUGCAAACAAAUAUUUAAUCAUAUUAAUUGUUUUAUGAAUGUCAUUUAAUUGUAAUUUUACAAAUUUCAAAAAAAAAAACAACACAAAUCUAUUAUGAGAGUAUUCGAAUUUCUAGUUAAAACAAAUAACAAAAAUUGAUGUUAAACGGCCAGAAGAUCCAAGUAGUGAAAUUCUUUUGAGGAAAUUCCUUCGACCAUCCCGAAAAAAAAAAA